GUGAGGCCCGACCGGCCCGAGAGCCCAGCUUGCGACAGUUGUCGUUCGGUCGCUCUCAAGGAGUCAUCUCAGUUUCGCUGGUUCCUUUUAAAGGACUCUUUUUAAUAAAAGAAAGAAUAAAGAAUUCUUUUAAAUAAAACAAUCUUCGGAGGCAUCUCAAAGGACUCGACGAAAUUAUCAAAUAACAUUUUACGCACUUUCAAGUACUUGUCAAAGGACUCUUAGGAAACUGUUAACAAAACUAGGGAGAAUUUAUUAAUCGAUUACACGUGUUAGUUCCAGAUUUUGAGAUGGUGAAUCUGAAAAACGCCUUGGGUGCUGAUGAGCUUACGGAUAAGAAGGUCGGUCUUCCUCGCGCUCUUCUGGCAGAAUUUUUAGGCACCUUAUUACUCAACUUCUUCGGUUGCGGUGCCGUGGUGACCGGAGAUGUUACCGCCAUCAGCUUGGCCUUCGGUUUGACGGUAGCGUGCGCAAUUCAAGGGAUAGGACACGUCUCCGGAGGUCAUGUCAAUCCGGCGGUCACGCUCGGUCUCGUCGUUAUCGGGAAGGUACCAAUUAUUAGGGGCGUUUUGUACGUUGUGGCGCAAUGCGCAGGUGCUAUCGCAGGUUCAGCGAUUCUAAGGGCCCUUUCAAAUGACAAACUGGAGGAAUUUCUAGGCGUGGUGAAGCUUUCUGAAGGGAUCACUCCAGUGCAAGGAUUCGGCGUGGAGUUCUUCCUUGCAUUGAUCUUGGUGCUGGUAGUUUGCGGGGUAUGCGAUGCCGCUAAACCGGACAACAAGGCUAUCACGCCCCUUAUAAUCGGUGUGGCGGUCACCGUCGGUCAUCUCGUCGGAGUACCGCGAACGGGUGCGGGGAUGAAUCCGGCACGUUCUCUGGGCAGCGCCGUGGUGAUGGGCGCUUUCAAAGAUCACUGGGUGUAUUGGGUGGGUCCGAUUAUGGGCGGUAUGGCCGGGGCACUCCUCUACGUGCAUGCUAUCGGACCCGCCAAGCAACCAGAAGCGCCCGCUAGGACUUAUGCCUCCGUCUCCACAGAAGAAAAGGAGAGGUUCGAGUACAUUGACAGCGGACGUGGCGGACUUUAAGAUACGAAGAUGUCCAGACAUACAAGAGCGAUCUAGCGAUUCGCCCAUAAUAUAGAAUUUCCAUUUUAAGAAAAUAAGAAUAAAAAGAGAACGAACAUAAAAACAUCCUUAUUUUACAGCUCCAGACUCUUACCAACAGGAAAAACGUCAGUCCCGCUUGAUGCUUUAACCGACUGUAACCAUCUUCUUCUGCCAACUCGCCAAUCGCCUAUCUAUGUGAUAAGAACUGUCAGACGACUCUUUUAUAUAUAUAAAAACCGCGCGUAUAUUUCAAAACUGAAGUUAAUGAAAUUGCACAGUUUUAUACUGACGGAGUGGUUUUAGAAAAACGUGAUCGAUUUUUAUUUAUCAUUGAAGAUAUGUAUAUAGAACCAUUUAAAGACA